AUGGCGGCAAGCCUUCUGGAGAACAAACUGCGGUCUCUCCACAAGUGCUUGACAGCCGGCGAUUCCUCGUCACUGGAGGAAAGCGAUGGAAUCAUUUCAGACAUCAGUCAAUUGUGCCUUCAUGAAAUCGACGAUAAAGAAAUUGAUCUCUGUUGUUCAGCUUUAUUUGACAAAGACAAGGGGAUCGUGACAUUCCUGACCAAGACAGUCAGCAAAGAUGAGUUCCUUGGAUGUAAACAAAAGCUGCUGGAGCUGCUAUCUGGAUUUAUACAGAAGAUAGAGAAGAAAAUUCUGCCUUACACAGUGGACAUCAAGGAUGUGUGUGUCUCCCUUUUUUUCCGUGACCGAUUUGCCAAAGUCAAGAAUGGAGCUGUCCCUGUUUUGGCUAAGUUGUUGGAGCUGACGGCUGGAACAAACAUUGGGAAAGACCUCAACAUCCCAAAACUAAUAGAAAAAUUUUUCAUGGAACUCACUAAAGGAUCUAAGGUGUCAUCCACAGUGAAGGAGAAUAUAUUUGUGUUGCUGGGUGUAGUAGCUGAGGUGUACCCAGAACAUAUGACUAGCUAUGCGGAGAGAUUCAUAGGGUUGUGUGUUACAUCACUGAAGGCCGAGAUGACUGCUAAAUCUAGGAAGGCAGAAUUGUCGAUCAUAGCGGGCAGUUUAUCUGGUCUGACAUCCUGUCUCGUCAACUUUACCCAAUCUGCUGAGGAAAGGUCUCAACAGUCCUAUGACAUAUUUAAAUAUGCUCGGAUGGCCAUAGACCCCAAGGUGGAUUACACCCGUUACCAGGUGCCAAGUGCUGGUUUGAAGUUGUUUACAAAGCAUGCUGCACAGUUCAGCCUGUAUCUCAUAGAGGACUACCAGGGAAUGUAUGAUAAGUUGCGUUACUGGAGCCGCCAUCACAACCGUGAUAUGUUACACCUGGGGCUGUCUGCCAUAGAGGCUUUCUUGGGACAGAUAUCGGAGAUGUUGGUGACGAGAGCUGAGGAAGGUCAUAAGGAGGGAGCUGUCUUCAAGUUCUUCAUACAGGAGUUUCGAACAUUGAUGAACAAUACAUCGGCAAGUGCCAAGGAGGUAUCGCUUGCCAUACGAGGCUAUGGUCUACUGGCUGCUCCAUGCAAGACAUUUCUGAAGCAAGCAGACGUACAGUUCAUGUUUAGUGAGAUGAUGUCCAAAAGUGAACAGCAAUUUCUCAGUCAAGAUGAAAACCUGGAGGAGAGGAUGUUUAAUUUGCCUAGCUAUCUAGAAGCCCUUGGUAACAUCAUCAAACAGCUUGACGAGAUUUCAGAGACUUAUGCCAUAUCUCUGGAGCGCCUGUUGGUACUGUUGAUUGAGAAGCUUCCCUCCCUCCCACAGACACACUCCUUCAUCUGUCUCAAGUCCAUACUAUGGCUGCUCCUGGCUGUGAUGCCCAAGGGCACGACAUUCCAGCAAAUAAUGUCUGGUGUGGUAUUCCAGGGCCUGAUCAGGACCUGCUCCCACCCCCCUGUCAUUAGUAUUCCAGGGCCUGAUCAGGACCUGCUUCCACCCCCCUGUCAUUAGUAUUCCAGGGCCUGAUCAGGACCUGCUCCCACCCCCCUGUCAUUAGUAUUCCAGGGCCUGAUCAGGACCUGCUCCCACCCCCCUGUCAUUAGAAUUCCAGGGCCUGAUCAGGACCUUCUCCCACCCCCCCUGUCAUUAGUAUUCCAGGGCCUGAUCAGGACCUGCUCUCAUCCCCCUGUCAUUAGUAUUCCAGGGCCUGAUCAGGACCUGCUCCCACCCCCCUGUCAUUAGUAUUCCAGGGCCUGAUCAGGACCUUCUCCCACCCCCCUGUCAUUAGUAUUCCAGGGCCUGAUCAGGACCUGCUCUCAUCCCCCUGUCAUUAGUAUUCCAGGGCC